CCCUCUCGUGUCCCUGCAGGCGCACAAAAACUGCCAGAACAUGACAGAGAUCGAAGCCAAGGUCAGCUACGUGAAGCUGGCCAGGUCUCUGAAGACGUACGGAGUGUCCUUCUUUCUGGUCAAGGAGAAAAUGAAGGGAAAGAACAAACUGGUCCCUCGUCUGCUGGGAAUCACCAAGGAGUGUGUGAUGAGGGUGGACGAGAAGACGAAGGAGGUGAUCCAGGAGUGGAACCUGACCAACAUCAAACGCUGGGCUGCUUCGCCCAAGAGCUUCACCCUGGACUUUGGAGAUUAUCAGGACGGUUACUACUCAGUGCAGACGACUGAGGGAGAGCAGAUCGCUCAGCUCAUCGCUGGAUACAUCGACAUCAUCCUCAAGAAGAAAAAGAGCAAAGAUCAUUUUGGUCUGGAAGGAGAUGAAGAGUCAACGAUGCUGGAAGACUCUGUGUCACCCAAAAAGUCGACGGUGCUGCAGCAGCAGUUCAACAAGGUGGGGAAGGUGGAGACGGGCUCGGUGGCGCUGCCGGCCAUCAUGCGCUCCGGAGCUGGAGGACCAGAGAGCUUCCAGAUGGGCUCCAUGCCUCAGGCCAAGCAGCACAUCACCAGUGGACAGAUGCACCGAGGACACAUGCCUCCGCUGACUUCAGCUCAACAAGCUCUGACUGGAACCAUUAACUCCAGCAUGCAGGCGGUCCAGGCUGCUCAGGCCUCUCUGGACGACUUCGACACGCUGCCGCCGCUGGGAACCGACGCCGCGUCCCAAGCCUGGCGCAAAAACAAGAUGGAUGAGUCCAAACAUGAGAUCCACUCCCAGGUGGACGCCAUCACAGCAGGCACCGCCUCCAUGGUCAACCUCACUGCAGGUGACCCAGCAGAGACGGACUACACGGCCGUGGGUUGUGCUGUUACCACCAUCUCCUCCAACCUGACGGAGAUGUCCAAGGGUGUGAAACUGCUGGCGGCGCUCAUGGAGGACGAAGGAGCGAACGGCCAGCAGCUGCUGGGGGCUGCUAAGAACCUGGCGUGUGCCGUCUCCGACAUGCUGAAGACCGCUCAGCCGGCAAACACAGAG